CGGGUCAAGGGUGAAAACGGGGCGGGAGAAGCUGCAUCUCCUGCUGGUUUCUUAAUGGAAAGGAAGUAAAGCAAUAGCAGCCGUGGCGAUCUCUGAAGGAAAGUCGCACAGGAUGUGAACUGAUAAUGACUACUGCCCAGUCCUAGCUGAAAGUACUGAAGAUCACUCAAUCUGUAUUUAUCAGGAAAUUAGCAAAUAUGCUUUGUUAUAGUUUUUUGUUCCUACAUUUUCUCUUUAACUCUCAGGUAGAAAAUUGCCACCUUAUCUCAGGGAAAUGGUAAUCUGCAUGGUGUCCCCCCCUCCUCAGUAACAGCUGACAACAAUGGACAGAUGAUAUCAAUUAAACUGCUUUUGGCAACUGACUUUAUCACAGUAACAAGCAACUGCGUAAGCAGUGCCAAACUGCAAGGAUUUUUAUUGCCCUCACCACUGGGAAUUAUAUGCAGUGUCUCAGCUCUCAGUGUGGAUGCAGUCUCUACGUAGAUCACCUAGGUUCUGUAAUCAUGUCUGUUACUGUGACAGAGAGUGAACUUGCUAGGUUUUUUGUGGGUGGUGAAGAAGGAGAGGAGCUUUUGGAUCAAGCCAGAUCUUCAGCAUUUGAGUCCUUCUAUGGUCAUAUUGAAGAUGAAGAUGAGGAAUAUGAUUCUCCACCAGAAAGACAGAUUGUGGUUGGAAUAUGUUCAAUGGCAAAGAAAUCCAACUCAAAACCAAUGAAAGAAAUACUUGAACGCCUUUCCAUGUUUAAAUAUAUUACGGUAGUAAUAUUUGAAGAAGAUGUGAUUUUGAAUGAGCUCGUGGAAAACUGGCCUUUGUGUGAUUGUCUAAUUUCUUUUCAUUCUAAAGGGUUUCCAUUGGACAAAGCUGUUUCCUAUGCAAAACUCAGGAAUCCAUUUGUUAUUAAUGAUUUGAAUAUGCAAUAUCGCAUACAAGACAGGAGAGAAGUUUAUAGCAUUCUUAAAGCUGAAGGCAUUUUGCUUCCUCGUUAUGCAGUUCUAAACCGUGAUCCAAACAACCCACAAGAAUGUAACUUGAUUGAAGGAGAAGAUCAUGUGGAGGUUAAUGGAGAAGUUUUCCAAAAGCCGUUUGUAGAAAAACCUGUCAGUGCUGAGGACCACAAUGUGUAUAUUUAUUAUCCGACAUCUGCUGGAGGUGGAAGUCAAAGGCUUUUUCGGAAAAUUGGCAGCAGAAGCAGUGUUUAUUCCCCUGAAAGCAGUGUGAGGAAAACUGGUUCAUACAUUUAUGAGGAAUUCAUGCCUACAGAUGGCACUGAUGUGAAGGUGUACACUGUAGGUCCAGAUUAUGCACAUGCUGAAGCUCGCAAAUCUCCUGCUCUUGAUGGGAAGGUAGAGCGGGACAGUGAAGGGAAAGAAGUCAGGUAUCCAGUCAUCCUUAAUGCAAGAGAGAAGUUGAUAGCCUGGAAAGUAUGCCUUGCAUUUAAGCAAACAGUUUGUGGCUUUGAUUUGUUACGUGCAAAUGGACAAUCCUACGUCUGUGAUGUCAAUGGCUUCAGUUUUGUGAAGAACUCAAUGAAGUAUUAUGAUGAUUGUGCUAAAAUUCUUGGAAAUAUCAUAAUGCGAGAACUGGCUCCACAAUUUCAAAUACCAUGGUCCAUACCUUUAGAAGCAGAAGAUAUUCCUAUUGUGCCAACCACAUCAGGGACAAUGAUGGAACUUAGAUGUGUUAUUGCUGUUAUACGGCAUGGGGAUCGGACACCAAAACAAAAAAUGAAAAUGGAAGUUAAACAUCAACGAUUUUUUGAUCUUUUCGAAAAAUUCAAUGGAUAUAAGUCUGGGAAGCUAAAACUGAAAAAACCUAAGCAAUUACAGGAAGUGCUUGAUAUUGCAAGACAGCUUUUGGUAGAACUUGGACAAAACAAUGACUCUGAAAUUGAAGAAAGCAAGGCUAAGCUUGAACAGUUGAAAACUGUGUUGGAAAUGUAUGGACAUUUUUCUGGUAUAAAUCGCAAAGUUCAGCUGACAUACCUCCCUCAUGGUUGCCCCAAAACAUCUAGUGAAGAAGAAGAUAACCACAAAGAGGAGCCAUCCCUACUCUUGGUUCUAAAAUGGGGAGGAGAACUGACUCCUGCAGGCAGAGUUCAAGCAGAAGAACUAGGAAGAGCUUUCCGGUGCAUGUAUCCAGGUGGACAAGGAGACUAUGCUGGAUAUCCUGGAUGUGGUUUACUGAGAUUGCAUAGUACCUAUAGGCAUGAUCUAAAAAUAUAUGCUUCUGAUGAAGGAAGAGUACAAAUGACUGCAGCAGCUUUUGCAAAGGGAUUGCUUGCAUUGGAAGGAGAACUCACUCCCAUCCUUGUACAGAUGGUUAAAAGUGCUAAUAUGAAUGGUCUACUUGACAGUGAUAGUGACUCUCUUAGCAGCUGCCAGCAUCGUGUAAAGGCACGACUUCAUGAAAUACUCCAGAGAGACAGGGACUUUACUUCUGAAGACUAUGAAAAGCUUGCACCUACUGGCAGCACUUCUCUGAGAAAAUCAAUGCAAGAGAUAAAAAAUCCUGUUAAGACAUGUGACAAGGUGUAUUCUUUGAUUCAGAGUUUGACUUCUCAGAUAAGGCAACGGAUGGAGGAUCCUAAGUCUGCAGAUAUUCAGCUUUACCACAGUGAAACCUUGGAGCUAAUGCUGCGUAGAUGGGCCAAACUUGAAAAGGAUUUUAAAACAAAGAAUGGAAGAUAUGAUAUUAGUAAAAUCCCAGAUAUCUAUGACUGUAUAAAAUAUGAUGUCCAGCAUAAUGUUUCUUUAAAACUAGAAAAUACAAUGGAACUGUACAGGCUGUCAAAAGCAUUAGCUGAUAUUGUGAUACCACAGGAAUAUGGUAUUAGUGAAGCUGAGAAACUAGAGAUUGCAAAAGGUUACUGCACUCCUCUACUGAGGAAAAUCCGAUCUGAUCUUCAAAGAACUCAAGAUGAUGAUACCGUAAACAAGCUCCACCCUUUGUACUCCAGUGGAGUUAUGUCACCUGAACGUCAUGUUCGAACAAGAUUGUACUUCACUAGUGAGAGUCAUGUCCAUUCCUUAUUAUCAACGUUACGUUAUGGUUCCUUGUGUGAUGCAUCUAAAGAUGAACAGUGGAAGCGAGCUAUGGAUUAUCUCAGUGUUGUCAGUGAACUCAAUUACAUGACCCAAAUUGUUAUUAUGCUAUAUGAGGAUCCCAACAAGGAGCUUUCAUCAGAAGACCGUUUCCAUGUGGAAUUACACUUUAGUCCAGGAGCUAAAGGUUGUGAAGAGGACAAGAAUUUACCAUCAGGCUCUGGCUAUAGACCUGCUUCUCGAGAGAAUGAUGGGUCAAAGAAAUCUUCUCAUAGAAUUGACAGUGAUGAAGAAUCACAUUCUUCUAAAAGAGAUGAAACAGAUCGAUCUGUAAUGAUGUUCAAGCCAAUGGUGUCAGAUCCAAUUCAUAUACACAGAAAGUCACCCCUUCCAAGAUCUAGGAAAAUUGGUUCAGUGGAAGAAGAGAGCCCCCUGAGUGUGUCUAGCCCAGAGUGUAUUGGUACCUGGCUGCAUUACACCAGUGGUGUGGGUACUGGGCGUCGAAGACGCAGAUCAGGGGAACAAAUCACUUCUUCCCCUGUCUCCCCUAAAUCACUGGCUUUCACAUCCAGUAUUUUUGGCUCAUGGCAACAGGUCCCACCAGAAAGUAACAGUCACUAUCGAACACCUAGAACAAUUGUGGAGCAAAAGACAAGUGGCAUAGGGUCUCACUGUCCGGGCCUGUUUAGCACCACUGUGCUCGGGGGUUCUUCAAGUGCACCUAACCUACAGGAUUAUGCUCGUAUCCAUCGUAUAAAGGUGACUUCUUCUGGCUGCAUAGAUGACACCACACGUGGUUCUGCUGUUAAAAGGUUUUCUAUCUCAUUUGCUCGACACCCAACCAAUGAACAUCCAGACCUCUAUAGGUGCUGGUCGGUUUCCUCUGAGGGAUAUCUAGGCUCCAGUGGCUUUGAAUUGUAUUCCAUGGUGCCUUCUAUCUGCCCUCUAGAAACUCUCCAUAACUCCUUAUCAUUAAAGCAAGUGGAUGACUUCCUAGCUUCCAUUGCCACUUCUGCUUCAUGUGACAAUCUUCCACAGAUAUCCACAGUUUCCUUUUCUUUUCCACCAUAUGUGAAUGCUGUAUCAGGAAGAAAAAGUUCUUUAAAUACGUACACACCUACUAAAAUUCAGCCAACACCACUUGAAGUAUUUAUGGAUCGGCAAACUGUGGAGGCACCUUCCUCAAGUACUGCUAAUCGCCCACCUCCUGCUAUUUAAAAGUUGCAACAUGAAAAUCCAAAAGUGGGGGAAACAAUACUUUCAUAAUGUUUGCGUUCAGCUCUCUUGAAGAAAUGAAGCACUUCUGACAAAACUGGAAGAACCACUGUCACCAACAGUUGCAGUGUACAUUUCUUUGUAGAAAAACAAGUUAGUUUUCAAAGGCUUUUCAUUUCUGUCUGAAUCAAUGAGUUUUUCUGUCUAUAGAAAAUGAUAUAUGUAGUACAUAUAUUGUAUAUAUUCAGGUUAAGGGUGAUUUAUUUGUUUCUAAAAUAUGAAAAGCAAAGAGGUUUACAUCCAUAAUUUUAAGGAACUGAUCAGACAAACUGCACAACUUUUUUCUCAUUUUUGCUCUCUUACACACAACAUAACCAAAACAGCCUAAUAGAUUGCUUUGUACUACAGGGGCUGCUGAGAAAAAAACACAACUCUGUUCUUGGCUGUAGCAGAGGCCAGCACAAAGGAAGGAAACCUCUUUCAUUACCAUGUCACAUUAAUAUAACCCUAGUAAGCAGCGAUCUUUUGGGCAGUGGGCCCUGAAAAUAUAAUGAGUGAUCCCAUUCCCUCCUGGUAUUAGUGUUUUUUAGAUCUUGACAGGUUGGAAGUACUUAAAACCACCAACUAGGACAGUCCACCUUUCUACUUCCUGCAGGAAGUUCCUACCCCUGAGCACACUAGAUUAUUUUUGAGACACCAAAGUGCUAUAUAACUCAUUGAGAUGCCAAUUAGAAAGGUGUAUUUCAGUUCUUUUCAGUUCCCAGAAAAUCUGUAUUCAAUCCAGUAGUGACCAACAACAUGCAACAGUAAUCAGAAAUGGCCAGCCCAUUACAUGUAAAUUCCUUCCAAUCACAGAAUUCUAGGGAAGAAAAUAAAAGAAAGCCAUGCAUCUCCAGAAGCAGGGGCUACACAGGGAUACAUUUUUUUCCUGUACAAAAUGUCUUGGUGCAUGCCCACUUCACUCAAGUUCGAUGGUCUGUUUCUCUUCUUCCUCCCCCCACUCACAACAACUUGAUAGGGAAUAAGAACUUUUGUUUUGACCCCACUUCACAAAGUCAUGCUGACUUCAGAUGGAAUCAGGUGUAAGAUUUUAAUCUUGUGCCAGAUUCUCCUGCUUUGAUACAGCUUUGCAAAUGGUUUCUGCAAAUACUACCUUCUCUCUUCUAAGGCAACUGGAAGAGAACAAGUUACAGCAAUACUUGUAAUGCUUAGCUAAAGGUCUGUUGUCCAAAGUUCAACUAUUCAUAAGUUAUGAGAAAUUCUCAAUGUCCUGGCCCACUUAUAGUACAAUCUUAUCCAGAAUUACUCAGACUCGAUUGUAGUGAGCUUAGGCUGGAGAAGCUUUGCAUAAGCUUGCAUUUUCACUCUUGAUCUGGGAGCAUCCCUUAUUUAGAUACAUUUCCAAAGAUAAUAUUGUUUGCUAUUUAAACAUUGUUGCAUUUUUAAGUAUGCUGGGAAGCAUUAUGGGAAGCAUGUCCAUGAAUGUCCUUGCUCUUUGUAUGUUUACAUCAGAUCUCAACAUUCAAAUAUACUUUGGUUAUUAAUAUCUGUGCUUUAAGAUAUGGAUUCUUGUCCUAAACUCAAGAUAUUUCCUGUUUAUGUACUUCCUAAGGUUUUUUGUUCUUUGAAACGAUGCUUUCUUCACAGGUUUCUGCAGAAUAUUGCUUAACAGAAUAAUCCACAUUUGGAUAAAUGGGCUUUAUAAGGAAAAAAAAGAAACAGCUGGUCUGUUAACAUUUCGUGCAUGUUAACUUUAUAUAUCUGCAAAUGAUACGACAUCAUAUUUUAAAAUUAAAGGAAAUUUUGAUAUUACCAAAUUCAAAUUCACUGAACUUUAGAGCAUUAGCCCAUUAUUGUUCUUUUAGUGUUUAUUGUUUUUCAGACAGUGGUUAAAGUCAAUUGAACAUUUUCCAGUGCUGACAAAAUAUUUAGCAGAUCAAUUUUACAAAGGGUUCAGGUUUGCCAGUCAUCACCUAGAGAUAAAUUGUCCUAUAGCUUCCUUUAUAUCCCGAUGACUUAUUUAAUACCUACUGUUCUCUCAAUUACAUUUCUUAUUAUUACUAUAACAUAUUUAAAAUGACUCGUUACCAGCAAAGUUUUCUGUUACAUUUUAGGAGCCCUAGCUUCAAGUUAAAAUCUCUAAGAAUACAGGCUCUUUCUUGGUCUCAUCCAGCAAUUCCCUACAGAGAUGUAAUUGCUGAUUAAAUUUACCAUAGUCCUGCUGACUUUCAGUUGGUCAUAUCAAAAAUUCCUAAGUCCUAUUUAAGAUACCAAAUCAGUAAUGAGUUAGAGCUUGUCACUGCAAAUAUUGCAUUUUCUAUAAUGUGACUUUGUAAUAUGGACAAUGUUUGUCUUGCUGACCUUUGAAUGUACAUGUCAUGUUUAUUGUUUUUCUAUCAGAAAAUGCUGCAUUUUAAAUGUGCAUAUCAUUCCAGUCAACCAAAGCUUUUGCAUAAAAGUCUCAUGUGUUCUUAAAUAAAAAAGAGUCAAUAGCAUCUA